GCGGGAGCAGCUCGCUCGUUAGCACCUGAUGUUCGACUUGGCUUGGCUGAAUGCCAAGUCCGCAGCACCGCCUGACAGACGGGUCCCCCGAGUAUGAGCAUGGGAUACGGACAUCGCCACCGCUUUUGGCAGAGGUGCUGGAAAAUGCGGGUUGCCGCCUGUUCCUCGAAGCCAUGCGCAAAGCGGAAAAAAUUGAGGGGGCAAAUAGCAUAACCAUUAUCGCACCGAACGACGGCGCCUUCCCUUCAGCGGACGCGUUCGAUGAUUCUUCGUGGGGAUUACACAUCAUGGACGGCGCCUAUAAAAUAGGAGAACUCGUAAAUUUCAACGGGGGUAGGGUGCAGCCUCAGAGCCUGGAGCCAAAGCACGCUCUAAUCUUCCGCGUCGAGAUCGGGGGCCAUAUGGUGGCCUAUGUCUCCGGCGAAACCAAGCCAGCACGCCGAACGCGCAUGGUCAAGACGGAUCUCAUCGCCCGCAACGGAGUGUUUGUACACGUCGUGGACAAAAUCUUGUAUGCGGAAUAGUUUCUCCAGAACGGAGUUGGUUCUAUGCACGUUGUUUAAUCGUGAGGAAAUAGUCCUU